GCAUUAUGUAGUGUUAGUGGGAUGCGCAAGGUAUGAGGGAUGCAUUGACACAUUUAACUUUGUAACGUGUAGUAUAAAUUAGCUGCUCGGGCUCCAGGGACAAGGCGCUACUUUGCCUAAAUUCUAUUGAAAUCUAACUAAUGGAGGCUAUACUGUGUAGUCAGCAGUAAAGAAGACCGCUUCUCAAGAGACGAACUACAAAGUGUGUGUAAUUCGGCCGCUUGGUAGAUUGCGCUAUGUUGUUCGUGCUACUUGCGCUGCUUGGGAUGGGAAGCGCUAGCUUGCAGUGCCAACUGCCCUCUGACUGGAGGUCCCUGAGCGAGGGAUGCAGGGCAGAGCUGGCUGAGAUUAUAGUCUAUGCUAAAGUGCUGGCAGUGCAACAAGAGACCUACAGCAUGUAUAACUAUUUGCCCUGGCAGUAUGAAACUCCGGCGGAAGAAGGGCUCUUUUACUCGGCCGACAUCGAGAUGCUUUGUGACCAGGCUUGGGGAAGUAUGCUGGAAGUGCCGGCUGGAUCCCGGCUUAAACUUACUGGUCUGGGUUAUUUCUCCUGCCACUCCCAUACAGUCGUGCAAGGCCACGCCUACUACUUCUUCCUCAGGAUGGAUGAAAAUUACAAUUUAAUUCCACAUGGAGUAAAUUUCCAGGAUGCGAUAUUUGCAGAUACAUUAGAAAACAGAAGAAUGUUUUCUAGUCUUUUCCAGUUUUCCAACUGUUCUCAUGGGCAGAAUGCUACAGUGUUUUCCAGUGACUGGGAAGUUCAAGAAGACACUAGGCUGCUGUGCUCUUCUGUGCAGAGUGCCUUAUUUGAGGAAGAGGACAGGGUGAAGGAACUGCAGCACAAGGUGGCCACAUUAGAAGAUCGCCAUAAACAAUUGAAGAUACGUAUAAAAAAACUCAAGCGGUCCUUACGGCAAGCAAAAAAAAAUGCCAGGCACUUGGAAGUAACGAAUAGGAAGCUAAAUGAGAAGCUGACUUCAGCAUCAAAGCAAAUUGCACAUGUGAACUCUUUCAAACCAAAGCAUUCUCAUUCAACCUACCUAAAAGUAUAAAUUCUAUUAUUUUGAAACAUGGACAAAAACUGAUACAAUAGGAAUAAAGCCAGCUUUAUAGGUAUCACUGAAGAAGUCCCAAAUGAUGAUAAUUUGUUCUGUAGCAAGUAUAGAUGCGUUCAUUCUGCAAAAAGUGAUUUAAAAAUCCUUUUCUUUGAUCAAUAAGUAUACUGUAAAUGAGAAAUUGUAGCUUUUAACAUUGGCCAUUCAAAGUCAAUGUAGUUUAAUACCAGGGACAUGGCUAGAGAGGAAGCAGAUUCUGCAGGUGAAGGGGGCAAGAGUUUAAAGGGCCCAGUGAGGUUAAUUUGUGGACAGUUUCAAUAUAUCUUGAUAGAAUAGGCCAACUUGCCAAUGUUUUGGAGCCAAAAAUUAAAUUUGCUCUGGGCCCAGUAAUAUCUCGUUAUGCCACUGGUUGAUACAAUAAGGCACAGUUAGGAUUGCCUGAAGUACAUUUUUAAUUAUACAUGAAGAAUAGCUCAACAUUACACUGCCUCUAUGGGUGCUAAGUGUAACAACAACACUGCAAAGAACAAAAACACACCUAUAUUUUUGGCAUUGGAGGGAAAUGGUGCCUAACGAAUUAAAACAUGACUGUUAUUCUUAAAAAAAAAAAAAAA